AUGGAGCCGCCGCACGCCGCCAAGGAGGCCGCCGCCGCCACUGCAGCAGGAGCAGGAGGAGGAGGAGAGGGCGGCGGCGCAAGCCCAGGCACCGACCUCGAAGGGCCGAUGCUGAGGCUGGGGCUGGACGGCGGCGGGGAGGAGGGGAGGACGGGGGAGCUGGGGGCGGGGAGGAGGCGGACUCGCGGCUGCCGGAGCGGCCUGGCGAGAGCGGACUGCGGCUACUACCUCCCGCACGGGCGCCUGCGGCUUCAGGGAGCGCUGCCGCUACAACCACCCCGCGAUCGCGGCGGCACUGAUUUGGUGGAGGUGCCAAGAAUGGAGCAGCACAAGACUUUCCAGAACGACAGGGUCAACCUGUAUCACGAGGGUGAGAAAGAAUGCUCCUACUAUAUGAAGACUGGACAAUGCAAGUUUGGUUCUACAUGUAAAUUUCAUCAUCCAGAAUUUGGUGGUAUUCCGGUGACCCCUGGAAUAUAUCCACCAUUACAAUCAGCGUCUGUGCCCUCCCCCCAUGCAUAUGCUCCAAAUUGGCAAAUGGGAAGAUCACCUGCAGUUCCUGGAUCAUAUAUACCAGGCUCAUACACUCCAAUGAUGCUCUCAUCUGGAAUGGUUCCAUUGCAAGGAUGGAGCCCUUAUCCGGCAUCGGUAAAUCCUGUAGCAUCAGGUGGAGCACAACAAACUGUCCAAGCUGGACCGUUAUAUGGUAUAGGACACCAUGGAUCUUCCACCGCAAUUGCUUAUGGCGGUGCAUACUUGCCAUAUUCUUCCUCAACUGGACAAUCGAGCAAUAAUCAUCAAGAGCAUGGAUUUCCUGAGCGGCCAGGGCAGCCUGAGUGUCAAUAUUUUAUGAGGACUGGAGAUUGCAAAUUUGGAACUAUGUGUAAAUAUAACCAUCCUCGAGAUUGGAGCACUCCUAAGUCCAACUACAUGUUCAGUCAUCUCUGCCUUCCACUUCGUCCGGAUUCACUCACAUUUUCUUGCAAAAUUAUUUGCUUGAUUAAGUUUCUUACCCAAUCUUACUAUGUUAUCUACAAUGUACAGGGUGCUCAGCCUUGUGCGUACUAUGCACAAAAUGGAUAUUGCAGAUAUGGAGUUGCAUGCAAAUAUGAUCACCCAAUGGGUACACUAGGCUACAGUUCAUCUGCUUUACCCCUAUCUGACAUGCCAAUUGCUCCCUACCCUAUCGGCUUCUCUGUUGCCACUUUGGCUCCAUCUUCAUCUUCCCCAGAAUAUAUUUCAACCAAAGAUCCAUCAAUCAACCAAGUAGCAUCACCAGUGGCAGCACCCGAACAUGUUGGAGCAAUCUUGCCAAAAGGGGUAUUCCCUUCGGAUACCAUUAUGCGAACUCAGACUUCUACAAGUGUCGGCAGUUCAAGCCCUGGUGGUGGUCGCUGA